GUUUGAGGUUUGUGGCGGGUCGGCGUCGAACGAUCUAGGGUUUCCUGCUCCGCAUUGGGGUGGCGUGGUUUGGUUGUUUUGGUUUGCCCGCUGGGAUGAAAUGGAGGUACUUUUGUGAUCACGGGAGUCGUUUCGGAAUUUUUUGUUGGGGUUAUUUGGGCUAGGAAGCUUGUUGGGCUGUCGAUUUUUCCAUGAGAAGUUCAUAGGUGACUGGUUGCUGUGCUGUGCUGGUUGACUGGUUGGAUGCUUGUUUGUCCGAUGGGUUUUCUAGAAGUACGGGGUGAUGAAGAUUAGUUCCGAUUUCUGAGUGGUUUCAGGUUGCUAGUCCAUGAUUUAUCUCGCUACGGAAUGGGGGUUUAACCUGUUCGAGUCGCUGUUCGUCUCCGGAUGCAGUUCCUGUUACUUGCUUUCGUCUCAACCACCCAACUCCGGGCGUCCUCUUCUGACCGAUCUCGUAUUCUGACUUACCCAAGCUCCAAUCAACUGCUCCACCGACGACUCACACCUCUCAUGCGCAUAACCUCCAUCAUUGCUCCUGUUCUAUCUCAGUGCAUCCCGGUUGUCUCCACCUGUCUGUAAUCUUGGAAAUUGGUUGUUGAGGGUGUUGGAAGGAAGAGACCCGCUGUUGUGCAAUGCAGGUACAGACCCGUAAUCUCCGGGAAAACCAGCUAGGAGGAGUGAUCUUUGGUUGCAAGCAUGAAACAAUGGAAGAGUGCUUCAGUAAACAGCUAUUUGGUCUGCCUUCAUUACAUUUAUCGUAUGUGAGGAAUGUCAAAGCUGGUCUACCUUUGUUUCUAUUCAAUUAUUCUGAUAGAAAGCUGCAUGGUGUUUUUGAGGCUGCCAGUCCUGGUGGAAACUGUAUUGACCCAUAUGCUUGGAGUGAUGAUGGCACUUUAAGAACACCUUUUCCUGCACAGGUUCGUAUUUGCACAAGGACUCGAUAUCUGCCGCUGCUUGAAGGCCAAUACAAAAAAGUGCUUCAAGAUAACUAUUACACCAGUCACUACUUCUUUUUUGAGCUAGACCAUGCACAAACUAGAGCUUUAAUUGCUUUGUUCAAGUCACUUGGUCCUCCUAAUGUCAAGCAAGUCCCAGCUAUUUCAAGCAAAAGGAGUCUAGUUGUACCAUUACCAUCAACAAAAAGGGUGGCAUCAGUUAUUCCUAAACAAAAGAAAGGCACAUCCAAUUCAAAGGACAUCAAUCCAUUUAGUGUUCUGUCAAUUUCAAGUGGAAUUGUUCCAGAUGACUUGGUUGAUUCUGAUGCGGACAGUGGUAGCAUUAGUAGAACAUCAGAUAGUAACACUGAUGAGAAGGCAUCUGGGGAGCUAGUUUCUGACUGGGAGGAUUUGGAUGACAAUGAUCUUCAGAACCAGUUCGGUCUUUGUUCAAAUCCAGAUGAGGUCAGUCAACAUUCGUCAUACAAAACUGUUGCUGAAGGAGUGGAGGUUAUGCAGUGCAAUCAACCGGUUGUUGAUCCUGUGAAUGAAGGAAGUCACACUUGUGAUGAAGACACGCUUGUGAAUUCACAUGAUGAUGGAACAUAUGGUGAGGUUCAGAAUGAACCAGAUGGUGUUGGGGUACAGCUUGAAACGCCGUCCAUCCUGAAAAAACUCAAGGAGUUGUUUGUAUUGCGGCAGCAGGCAGCACUAUCUUCCCAGGAUUUUGUUUAUUCUAGUCCAGAUGGAUAUGUACCUGAAGAAACCCAGGUCAAUGCAAACCUUUCUAGCCAAGAUGAAUCUGUGCCUGAAGAAACACUGUUGAAUGCAAACCUUUCUAGUCAAGAUGAAUCUGUGCCUGAAGAAACACUGUUGAAUGCAAACCUUUGUAGUCAAGAUGAAUCUGCAUCUGGAGAAACACAGUUCAGUGCAAGCCUUUCUAGUCAAGAUGAAUCUGUACCUGAAGAAACACCGGUCAAUGCCAUUCCUAGUCAAGUGGAAUUUGUACCUGAAGAAAAACAGAUCAAUGCAAACCUUUCUUGUCAAGAUCAACAUGUACCUGAAGAAACACAGGCCAAUGCAAGCCUUUCUACUCCUGAUCAUUAUGUACCUGAAGAAACACAGGCCAAGUCAAGCCUUCGCCUUUCCAACAAGCCAGUUUGUGGUACCGUGGAGGAUAAUACAUGUGUUCAGCAACAUCAUGGAAAUGCUGAGCUUCUACGAAUCAUCACUGACUUAACCAAGAAGGCUGAUGCACUGGAGAAGAAUCAGAUUAAGUCAGAUCAAGAAAUAAUUUCAUUGAAGGAAGUAAUUAAAGACUCGGGAAGAAAAGUACAGCAACUGGAAUACCGUAUAGAUGAGUUACAAUUCAAAUUUGACUCCUCGUUGUCUCUUCAAGGAAGCAUGUGUGAUAAUCUGGACAGGCCAUCAAUAUUCCUGAUUGGUGGUUAUAAUGGCGUGACCUGGUUAUCAUCUCUUGAUUCUUUUUCUCCAAAAAAAGACAUACUGGUGCCUCUCACAUCAAUGGGUUCUGCACGUUCAUAUGCAUCUGUGGCUGCAAUGGAAGGCUGUAUAUUUGUUUUUGGUGGUGGAGAUGGCAGUUCAUGGUAUAACACAGCGGAGUGCUAUAAUACAAGGAGUAAUGAGUGGAUGAUAUGCCCCUGUUUGAACCAUGAGAAAGGAUCCCUUGCUGGAGUAAGUCUUGAUGGCAAAAUAUAUGCGAUGGGUGGAGGAGAUGGAUCUCAAACUUACUCAGAAGUUGAGAUGUUUGAUCCUUUUCUUGGGAAGUGGAUAUGUAGUCCAUCUAUGCUGCAGCCACGAUUUGCUCUAGCAGGGGCAGAAUCGAGUGGUGUCAUCUAUGCCACUGGUGGAUAUGAUGGCCACAAGUACUUACAGUCCGCUGAAAGGUAUGAUCCAAGGGAGGGUUUCUGGGUUCGGCUUCCAAGCAUGAAUGCUAGGAGAGGGUGCCAUGCUGUAGCUGUCCUGGACGAUGUCCUAUAUGCCAUCGGAGGGUAUGAUGGGGUCAGUAUGGUUUCCAGUGUUGAGAUCUUUGAUCCUCGUCUCAACGCUUGGAAGAUGGGUGAUCCCAUGAGCAGCCCAAGGGGAUAUGCCUCCGCGGUUACUCUGGAUGACAGCUUGUUCGUCCUCGGUGGUCUGCGGUCCAAUGAACAGAUACUGGACACUGUGGAAGUUUACAAUGUGAGCUCCGGCUGGACAGUUCCAGGUUUCAGUUCAAUAGGGAAGAGAUCCUUCGCAUCUGCCAUUGUCAUGUGAUCAGUAACAGGAAUGCAGUGCCUUGUCCCAUCAGUCUGUUAACAACCGCCAUAUGUGGAACAUUAAACCCAUGUUUUCUGAAAAUCAGUUUUAGGGUUCAUCAUCUCACCCUGUCCCUUUUGAGCUCCGAUUAUGUACAGCCAAAACCAGCAACUCAGCGCAUGGUCCAAAGUCUUAACGACCUUCCGUUAGUUACAUAGCUUUAAUCAUGCAUCUCGGGGGAUGCAAUGCAGUUAGAAUGUUCCUAGUUCUGUUUAAAGUUUUAGCCCUCGUUGACAUACCUGGAAGUAUGCAUGAAUGAAAUACAUUAGAAUUUUCUGGAUGCUGAUUAGCUGCUACCCGUAUUUCCACAAUGUGGUUAUUUC